UCCAGCAUCCAGCAGCAGCAGCUCUCUCUCUCUGUAAUCCCAGAAUGCACCGCUCUCCCGUUGCGUCAUCUUUGCGUGCCGGUGAAGAUGGCGGCUGUUGGAGCAGCAGAAGUGAUCAGCCAGCUGGAGAGCGCUGCUAAAGUCCUCAUGGCACCGCCGUCCAUGGUCAGCACAGAACAGAGGCAGCAUGCUGAACACAUAUUCCUCUCCUUCAGGAAAUCCAAAUCCCCCUUUGCCAUCUGCAAGCACAUCUUAGAGACCAGUAAGGUGGACUAUGUGCUGUUCCAGGCAGCCACCGCCAUCAUGGAGGCGGUGGUGCGGGAGUGGAUCCUGCUGGAGAAGUCCAGCAUCGAGUCGCUGCGGGCGUUCCUCCUCACCUACGUCUUACAGAGACCCAAUCUCAUGAAGUAUGUCCGUGAGCAGAUCCUGUUGGCGGUGGCGGUCAUCGUGAAGAGGGGCUCUCUAGACAAAAGCAUCAACUGUAAAAGCAUCUUUCACGAGGUCGGACAGCUCAUCAGCAGCGGGAACACCACAGUGCAAACGCUGGCGUGCUCCAUCCUGACCGCUCUGCUCAGCGAGUUCUCCAGCUCCAGUAAGACCAGCAGCAUCGGACUCAGCAUGGAGUUCCACGGCAGCUGCAAGCGUCUGUUCCAGGAGGACGGCCUGCGUCAGAUCUUCAUGUUGACCAUGGAGGUGCUGCAGGAGUUCAGCCGCAGAGAGAACCUCAACGCCCAGAUGUCGUCUGUCUUCCAGCGCUACCUGGCUCUGGCCAACCAGGUCCUCUGCUGGAACUUCCUGCCACCCAAUCUGGGGCGCCACUACAUCGCCAUGUUCGAGGCCACGCAGAACGUCAUGCUGAAGCCUACGGAGACCUGGAGGGAAGCGCUGAUGGACACCCGCGUCAUGGACCUCUUCUUCACCGUGCACAGGAAGAUCCGGGAGGACUCGGACAUGGCCCAGGACUCCCUGCAGUGCCUGGCCCAGCUGGCCUCCAUGCACGGGCCCAUCUUCCCCGAUGAGAGCGCCCAGGUGUCCUACCUGGCCCACCUGGUGGAGGGCCUGCUCAGCAUGAUCAACGGGAUUGAGAUCGAGGAUUCGGAGGCGGUGGGCAUCUCCAACAUCAUCUCCAAUCUGAUCACCAUGUUCCCCCGAAGUACUUUAACGGCGCUGCCCAGCGAGCUCUUCACCUCCUUCAUCAACUGCCUCACGCUGCUCACCUGCUCCUUUGGACGCAGCGCCGCCCUAGAGGAGGUGCUGGAUAAAGACGACAUGGUUUACAUGGAGGCCUACGACAAGCUGCUGGAGUCGUGGUUGACGCUCGUCCAGGAUGAGGAGCAUUUUCCUCGCGGCUGCUUCGUCCAGCCGGCGAUCCAGGUCUUCAACUCGUACAUCCAGUGUCACUUGGCUGCUCCUGACGGCACCCGCAACCUGUCAGUGAACGGCAUCACGUCUCACGAAGACGAAGAGAUCAACGAGCUGCAGGAAGACGACAGAGAGCUGUUCUCUGACCAGCUGUCCAGCAUCGGCAUGCUGGGACGGGUGGCCGCUGACCACUGUAUCCCCCUGCUCACAACCCUGCUGGAGGACCGGGUGAAUCGGCUGCACGGUCAACUCCAGAGGACCCAGCAGCACCUCAUGGCCACAUCUGACCCCGGAUCAAUGGACCGCAAAGUCCUGGACGACCUCUAUGAGGACAUCCACUGGAUCAUACUGGUCUCAGGGUAUUUAUUAGCCGACGACCCUCAGGGUGAAACCCCGUUGAUCCCCUCAGAGGUGAUGGAGUUCUCCAUCAAACACUCGACAGAAGUGGACAUCAACACGACGCUGCAGAUCCUCGGGUCGCCGGGGGAGAAGGCCUCGUCCAUACCGGGCUGCAACCGCACAGACUCCGUCAUCAGGUUGCUGUCGGCGGUGUUGCGGACGUCAGAGGUCGAGUCAAGGGCGACGAGAGCGAGUCUGACGGAGUUACUGAGUCCACAGAUGGGGAAGGACAUCAUGUGGUUCCUCAGACGCUGGGCCAAGACGUACCUGCUGGUGGACGAGAAGCUCUACGAGCAGAUCAGCAUGCCCCUGAGCACAGCGUUCGGCCCGGACACAGAGGGGGCCCAGUGGAUUGUGGGAUAUCUUCUGGAGAAGGUGAUCAACAACCUGUCGGUGUGGAGCUCCGAGGCCGAGCUGGCCAUCGACACCGUGGAGCUGCUGGUGACGCUGGUGGAGAAGAGGGAGAGGGCGAACAUCGUGGUGCAGUGUGAGAGCUGGUGGAACCUGGCGAAGCAGUUUGCCAGCCGCAGCCCGCCGCUUCACCUGCUGUCCAGCUCCGUUCAGAGGACUCUGAUGAAGGCUCUGGUCCUGGGAGGCUUCGCUCACAUGGACUCUGACGCCAAACAGCAAUACUGGGCCGAGGUGCUCCACCCGCUCCAACAGCGUUUCCUCAACCUCAUCAACCAGGAGAACUUCGCUCAGAUCAGCCAGGAGACCGCCGUCAAACAGGAAAUCGUCGCCACGUUAGAGGCGCUGUGCGGCAUCGCAGAGGCGACGCAGAUCGACAACGUGGCCCAGCUCUUCUCGUUUCUCAUGGACUUCCUGUCCAGCUGCAUCGGCCUCAUGGAGGUCUACAGCAACUCGCCCGAGACAAUCAACCUCAUCAUCGAGGUUUUUGUGGAAGUGGCUCACAAGCAGAUCUGUUACCUGGGAGAGACAAAGUCGAUGAAGCUGUACGAGGCGUGUCUGACGCUGCUGCAGGUCUACUCCAAAAACAACCAGAGCAGGAAGCGAAACGACGCCACGGCGGAGGAGGACCAGUACCAGGACCUGCUGCUCAUCAUGGAGCUGCUCACCAACCUGCUCUCCAAAGAGUUCAUCGACUUCAGCGACACCGACGAGGUGUUUCGAAACCAAGACCAGGGAACGCCGACGUCCAGUCGGACGGUAUCGGCAGCAGACGUGGUUCUUUAUGGCGUCAACAUUGUUCUCCCCCUCAUGUCUCAGGACCUGCUCAAGUUCCCCUCCCUGUGCAACCAGUACUACAAGCUCAUCACCUUCAUCUGUGAGAUCUUCCCAGAAAAGAUCCCACAGCUGCCUGAAGACCUCUUCAAAAGCCUCAUGUUCUCCCUGGAGCUGGGAAUGACCGCGAUGAGUUCAGAGAUCAGCCAGCUGUGUUUAGAGGCUCUGUCUCCUCUGGCUGAGCAGUGCGCUAAAAACCAGGAGAAGGACACGCCUCUCUUCAUCGCCACCCGUCACUUCCUCAAGUUGGUGUUUGACAUGCUGGUCCUGCAAAAACACAACACAGAGAUGACGGUGGCAGCAGGAGAAGCUCUCUACACACUUGUGUGCCUGCAUCAGGCGGAGUACUCGGAGCUGGUGGAGACCCUCCUCUCCUCACAGAGAGACGCCGUCAUCUACCAGCGGCUGGCCGACGCCUUCAACAAGCUGACGGCCAGCAGCACGCCGCCCACCAUGGACCGCAAGCAGAAGGUCGCCUUCCUCAAGAGCCUGGAGGAGUUCGUGGCCAACGUGGGCGGCCUCCUCUGCGUGAAAUAA